AUGUCCGCUCCCGUCGCAUUCAGGUACUCCGCCCAGGCACAGUCCAACUACAAGCCGCCGUUGAUUGCCAACGACAAUGCCUUCCUGGGAGAUGUGUUCACCAGUGAAGCCGAGAACCCCGAAAAGCCCAUGUGCGCUGGAUUCUACCGCCUAGAGAAGGGCACACCCCUAGUCUAUACAUACACCUACGACGAGAUGAAGAUUAUCCUGGAGGGGGAGUUUGAGAUCGCCGACACAACAGGGCAAAAGGUCACGGCCAAGCCAGGAGAUGUGUUCUAUUUCCCCAAGGGUGCCACAAUCACUUUCACGACGCCAUCGUACGGCCUUGGUUGGUUUACGGGGCAGCGUAAAGAGGGUGGAGCGUAA